UACGUCGUCCCGCGCUGCUUCCAAGAGUGGGGUUUUUGAAGGUGAACGAUUCAGAGCAUUCUCCUUACGAUCCCCAAAUUUGGAUUUUUUACUCUUAAUUGCAUUUUCGCAUCUAAUGGCGACGAGCGAAUUGAGGAGAGGGAAAUGCGACUGGAUCUGAUCUUCCUCUCUUUGUAUCUCUCUCGCGCGCGCUUGUGGGAGUUUUAGUCCUAGUUGUACACUUAACCCUAGCCGAGAAGACCGGGGCGCAUUUUCUGUGCGUCGACUCUCUGAGCUCGCUUUGGUAGCUGAAGGCAUCAGUUUUUUGUUGGGGUUGAUUAAAAGUAUCAUGACUGAUAUUUAAUGGGCUUUGGUGUUUAGAAUCUGCAAGAUUUAACUAAGCUUGGGGUUAUAUAGAUGAAUUUCUUCAAAGUGAAGCGAUUCAGGCUGAACCAGAAGUUGAAAGUAGAAGGCACUGAUCCGGAAACUAAUCAAAUGCGCGUAGAUGAGUUCGAGAUUGAAAGUAUGGAGUCUGGCCAGAAGGUGGGUGCUAGAGAUGGAGGUGUGGAAAAAGAGGAUUAUGAUGAUGAAGAUGAUGAUAUUGUUUCUAAUGAGGUGAAAAGGAUGAAGGAGAUGAGGAAGAACAGUUUUAUGGUCCUCAUACCGGAGGAGUCCAACCUGGAAGAAGAGGAGACAAGCUCCAACGAAGGGGAAUCAGAGGUGGAGGAUGGCUAUCUUUUGUGUGAUUUUGACACAUUGUACAUUAGGUACUGCGAGAGAAUGCUAUUCUUUGAUAAGUUGAUUGUGCAGAACAUGAAAGAAGCAG